ACUCAGCAUAGACCAUUUCUUAUCUGUUUAUUGUAUUUUUUGAAACAUAAGCCUGUCUAGACUUUUAUUUCGUGAAACGGCCGGAGUACGAUAGUUGGCGACGCAAUAGCAGCGGGAGAGCGAAAAAAGAGGGAGGUCAGGACCCGGUCGCGUAACGAACGCGUUAGAUACGCAAGCUGACCCAAAUUUUUCGAUUCACUGCUUCUUUCAAGCCGUCUACUAUCACGCUUCAUUUUACUAACUGACAACCAGGAACAGGCUAUGGAAAUAUUUUUUUUGCGGUUUUUUAAGCUACUGGGACAAACUCUGCCCAGAUUAACUAUGGAGACUGCGUUGGAGUACCUUGUACACUAAAAUGUGGCAAGAAUAGAUGGGUGCAAAAUUGCACUUUCCCUGAUGGCAUAUGCAAUCUUAGUUGUUCCGUAACCAGCUGCGAGGGAAGCGCAUCUCUCAUGUUAGAGCACUGCGGACAAAAUUGUAGUCAGACACCUAGCCAAUGUGCCUAUCAAUUUAAUGAAACCAAACUCAAAGAGAACAUCCAUUCUCAGACGUGCAACGCUACAAAAUUUAACCUCACAAGCGGCGAACAGCACUUUGUUACCAAACAGAUCUGCCAUUGUCAAGGUGAUCAGUGUCAUCUGAUAUGCAAUAAGAUACAGUGCACGCAAACCUGCAGAGGAAGAAAAACUGAUUCAUCAAAAUCUACAGUAACUUCGCCGCCUUCACCAUCACCCGGGAGAGCACUUGCAACCUCGCCAUCGUCAUCGCCAUCGUCAGUUGAGCAGCUGGCAGAUGAGUAUGUUUCAAAAUUUGACGAAAUAAAUAUUACUAGAGAGAAUUCCAUACAGGAGGCUGUAACUGUGUUUGAAGAUUUCACCUUAAAAAUCAAGAACGUCACAAAUGUCAAGACCGACGUAGAAGAGGUUAAAACACUGAAAGCAUCCAUCUUUGAGGUUGUAGAGGCCGUCGAGAAAUUUGCUCUUAAUUAUAGCAAGCGACACCUGAGUGGAAUGAGACCUUCAAAAAGGAUCGUUUCCUCAAAAAUGGGUGAGCUUGCGGCCUUGAAUCCUGUUUAUUUUCAAAGUCUAUUCCUCUGUUACUUACUGAUUUGCUGA